AUUUUUCUAAUCACAAAUCUUGAAAGUGUACAAUCAAAACUAAUAUUAUCGAAUCAUAAAACUCUGAAAUGUAUCUCUCAAAAUUAAUUGUUAUUCUCGCUUUUUUACAUUACCGCUACCAACAUUUAAAUCUUUUGGUUGACGCACUGUUGGAAGACAACCUUAAUAUUGAGUCUACGGCAUUACGAAGUAACUACAAGAGUUUUGAUAACGUACUUGAUGAGGUCAAUAACACCAAUGAGGCACCACUAACAAAAGUGAAAAGUAAAAGCGAAUCUUUUGCCAACUCUAGCUUGGUCAAAACCAGAGAGGAUGAUGAAUUCGUUUUUCUAGUAGUCGGUGGUUAUCGUCCAGAGAAGAACGAUCUUGCUAAAUAUGUUGUGUCGCUUCGUAAUGUAGAUAAAGAGGAAGAUAAUGGUUUUGGAGUUGGACAUUUUUGUGGUGGCUCUAUAAUUUCUAAGAAAGUUAUUCUGACAGCAGCGCAUUGUCUUGCUACGCGGGGUUCUAUAACGUUCGCAAAGGAUAUAAAGGUCGUCGCCGGAACAACUCGCCGUUUGCUACGAAGCAAACAUACCCAAGAAUUAACGGUGGCCUCAGUAAAAGUGCAUCCUAUGUAUAAUUAUCGAAAGAAAAUUUAUGACAUAGCAUUGAUUAAGCUUAAAGAUGAGUUGGACUUAAAUGAAGAGUUUGUGAGUAUUAUUCCUAUAGCAAGUGAGAGGCCAUUAGCUGGACAGUUAUGUACUGUCAUAGGAUGGGGCGACUUUUUGGAAAAAGGACCGGCGCCUGAUGAUUGUAACGGCGCCUACAGCAACAUGUAUUGA